UAAUAAAUAAAAAAAGCCAAAAUCGAAUUAUCCAACCGGUUGUUCUAAUAAUGAAGCUUCACCACCCUCCGCCUCAUCCGUGUCCGUCAUGGUCUUCAUCCAUUUCCUCAAUACUACCCAUAACCUGUUCGACAAAAUUCCCAAAACAAAACCAUGCAAAUUUUUCUUUUCGCAUCCAUUCCUUAAAGCGCUCUUCGAAGCCUUCUCAUAAAGAAGGGCUUCAGAAGGAUCCGAAGAAGGAUUUAUCACGCAUUCUCCGAACUGAAGCUGCUAUCAGAGGUGUAGAGAAUAAAGCCAAGUCGUGGAAGCAUAAACAGCUUUGGCCUAAGGCUGUUCUUGAAGCAUUAGAUGAUGCCAUCAAAGGGUGUCAGUGGCAGAAUGCCCUCAUGAUUUUUGAACUUCUUCGAAAUCAAUAUUGGUAUGAACCGAGAUGCGAAACUUAUAUGAAGCUGUUGAUGAUGCUUAGCAAGUGCAAGCAGCCUAAAGAGGCUAGUCAGCUAUAUGAGACCAUGUUGUUUGAAGGGCUUAAACCUAAUGUCAAGGUUUUAACUGCUCUUGUAAGUGCUUACGGUCAAAGUGGUCUUUUUCGUCAUGCAUUUUCUACUGUUGAAGAUAUGAAAUCAGUUGUUGAUUGCAAACCAGAUGUAUAUACAUAUUCUGUUCUUAUAAGUUGCUGUGCAAAGUUUCGUCGAUUUGAUUUAAUUGAACGCAUUCUUGUGGAUAUGUCAUAUUUGGGCAUUGGAUGUAACAGUGUGACAUAUAAUUCCAUAAUCGACGGGUAUGGCAAGGCUGGCAGGUUUGAGCAGAUGGAGAAUUCGUUGACAGAUAUGAUUGAAAAUGAAAACUGCCAACCAGAUGUUUUCACGCUGAAUUCUUUGAUAGGAUCAUAUGGAAAUGGUGGGAAAAUUGAUAAGAUGGAGCAGUGGUAUGAUGAAUUUCAGCUAAUGGGCAUAAAGCCAGACAUAAAGACAUUCAACAUGAUAAUAAAGUCGUAUGGCAAAGCAGGAAUGUACGAUAAAAUGAAGACUGUGGUGGAUUUCAUGGAACAGCGGUUUUUCACUCCGACGAUUGUAACAUAUAAUACUGUUAUUGAGGCUUAUGGCAAAGCCGGACAAAUUAAGGAGAUGGAUCAACACUUUAAGAAAAUGAAGCAUGUAGGAAUGAAACCUAAUUCUGUAACGUUUUGCUCGCUUGUCGAUGCCUAUAGCAAAGUUGGGCUUAUUGACAAAAUUGACUCAAUCUUGAGGCAUGUAGAAAAUUCUGAUGUCAUUUUGGAUACUCCCUUCUUUAAUUGCAUAAUUAGUGCCUAUGGUCAGGCUGGCAACUUAAAAAAGAUGGGCGAGUUAUUCUUGGCAAUGAGAGCAAGAAAAUGUGAGCCUGAUAGCUUCACCUUUGCUUGCAUGAUCCAGGCUUACAAUGCCCAAGGCAUGACUGAGGCUGCUAAAAAUUUGGAAAACAUGAUGAUUACUGCCAAAGAUAACUUAGAUACUAAGUUGAUUGGAUGCUAGCUCGGCCAAUUUUAAUAGCUGACUACAAAGUUCUAUUCGUCUAUUUCCACGGUGAUUCCAACCUGGAAAGUCUUGUGAACUAUAGCAGGUGCGUCAAAAGGGGGAGCUAUUGCAAGGUGUGGUAUUGUGUUGUGGGGUGAUAAGGGGACGUGAAUCUGCGGUUUCGUGAAGGGCUUACGGACGUGAAAUGCAUGUGGAGCUGAGCUUUGGGGAGUGUUUGAAGGCUUGAAAUUGGCUAGAGCUUGUGGCUUCGAUAAGGUGGAGCUUUAUGUUGAUUUUUGGGCUGUGACUACUACUUCCUCUUCGAAAGGCGGAAUGGCUACUGGUUUGAGUUUGGUUCAAAAUGUUAAACGGCUGUUGGAUUUAAAUUGGGAAUUCUAGAUUCGUCAUGCAUAUAAAGAAGCUAAUGCUUGUGCGGACGCUCUCACUUUGAUGUUAUAUGAGCAACGUUCAACUCAGAUUAGUAUUUGUUUUUAGAUGAUUUAGCUGGUCUUUCUACUCGCCGACUUGUUAAGCAGUAGUCUUUUUCUUUUGUUGGGGUUAGGGCCUCUUAUCCAAAAAAAAAAAAAUGGUGUCAUCGGGAUUCCAAACAUGCUCUAUGUUACUAAACAUUGAGUUUAUUUAUCACAAUCUGCAAAGUAGCAUCAACCAAACUCAAAGUGUCCUAUUGGUUCACGAGUACCUUAUGAUGAAAGAGAUCUGCUCAACCAAGUCAACCAAAUUGGUGAUACAUUCUUGUGGGGAGUAGUCCAAUUUUGUAUGAUGGUGUUGAUGUUUUACAUUCUAAACAAAGUCUACCCACCUUCCUUAUCUUAGCACUGCAAUCCUGCCCUGAUACUCUUGGGUUGCUGACUUACUGCCCCCAAUGACUACUCAUAAUCCCCCCUUCCCCCAGCCCUAAUAUUCUUGGGUUGCUGGCUUGUUGCCCCCAAAUUACUAAUUCUAACCCCCCCCCCCCCCCCCCCCCCCCCCCCCCCCACCCUAUUUUGGAAGUGUGCACCUAAAGUGCACAAAUUGUUCAGAAGCACACAUCAAGAAUUGACUAGUCAUAUUAGUUUAGUGGCUAAUGUUAUCAAUCAUUUUUUACAUCAAUGGUUUUUUAACACAUUGAGAAUGAUCAGAAAGAAUAGCUGGUUGAUAUCACUUAAAGAGAGAUGAAGAUGCUCUUAAAUCUUAUGAGAAAUACUUGUUGACAUAUUAUUUUUGUUGCUUUGCAUUGUUCUGUAUAUCACUUAGCACCUUUCAAUAGCUUUGUACAAAGUGGAGUUGGGAGAGAGCCAUUUGAAGGUAUUUGACAACAUAUGUUUAUCUAUAUCUUAUGAGAAACACUUUAAGAAAUACUUGAAGGUAUUUCAAUAGGGUUGUUUAUCAGUGACCUAUCUAAUAAUGACCAUGCAUUUCUUGUUCA